AUGGCCGCCACCGAUGGUCAGAUUAUUCUCGCCGCGUCACGCUUCGGUUCCGACAGUGCACCGGUGUACCUGCGCGAUUUUGCCAAGAGCAGCGAGCUGCCGGCGGUCGGUAAGAUCGUCAAGGGUCAGUACUACAAUCUGGGCGUACCGACGCUCUCCAAUCCGUCGCUCCAGAGUACGGCCCUGUUUCUGAACGCGGGCCGCAAGUACCAAAUACUGGCGCAACCGAUCAAGAUCAAGGAGGGCCGCAAGAACACGAACGUCGGCCCGAAGGUGCUGAUCCCGGAGACGUACGCCGGGUACUUUGAGCUGCUGAGUGAGGACGGCCGGUCGACGCGGUGUAUCGAGAGCGUGCUGGAGCUGUCGCGGCGUCGUAACUUCCGGGUGCUGGUCCGGGAGACGGUACGCUGUAACCACAACAGCAAAUCGGUGCACGCGGGCGAAAUACUGACCACGAUCUCGGACAACGGGAAGCAGCUACAGUGCCGGACGUCGAAGGACGAGAUCGUCAAUCUGCCAUUGGAAGCCAAAGCGAAGUUCUCCCCGAUCGCCAAGGAGGACAGCAUCAGUGGGGUGCACACGGUGCGCAAUCUGCUGCAGAAGCGUAUGCCCGUGACGGUCCGGUUGGUGCACGGGGCGGCACCGAAGGGCCUGAAGCAACCGUUCGUACCGGAGCUGCGGCUGCUCGGGUGCGUCGAGGUCGACCGGAUAUUCGCUUUACCGCUGCAGAAGGAUAUGGACCUCAUUUCGGUGCCGCUGAAUGCGAAGAUUAAGAUCCAGCGGGCGAAGAACAUGGAUCAGCUCGAUCACUUUAUCGAGUACUCGCGCUUUCUGGACAAAGCGCACCGGUUGCUGGUGGAUGCGCGCGAUCGGUUGCAGAUUAUCGAUCUGAAGCUGACCGAGAAGGAGAAGAAGGACUCGUCGAAGCUGGCGGCAGCGGCCGGUGGUGGGGCGAUCGGUGCGAACGGGCGCAAUAAAACGCUCACCUCCACGCUGUCCGGUCUGACCGCUAAUGGGUAUGUGCUGAAGAAGAGCAACAGCUGUGAUUCGAACCGCUACUCACCACCGAUCGGUGGUGGUGGUGGUGGUGGUGGCAGUGGUGGCAGUCAGAAUGGAUCGAUCGCCGAUGAGUACGACGAGAUCGAUCAGAUCUACGAUUACGUGCGAGGGUUAGCGCCGCUCCCGAAGAAUCUGUACAAGUUUGAGGCGAUCGAACCGAUCAGCUCGUCGCCACCGACGGCCACGACACCGACGGCCGCCACGACACCGAUCUCCAACUCGCUUCUCGGUCCGGCCACCCAUCAGCACAGCCUCAAGACGGUGGAAAACAUGAAGACGGCCCAAUCGAACGCCAUCAACAACAACUACGAGACGAGUAAUCACCAUCACCACCACCACCAGCAGCACAACCACAACAGCAGCAACAGCAACAGCAACAACAACAACAAUUACUCCAACAUCAUCAAGUACUCGAACCAUGGACAGCUGCAGCAGCAGCAGCAGCAACAGCAGCAACAGCUUAGCCAUCAUCACCAUCAUCAUCAUCACCAUCAUGGACAGCAGCAACAGCAGACGAAUGGUCAUAGCCAUCAUCCUUCGCACCAUGGGCACGGUGGUGGUACGACGGCAACGAACAGUCUGGAGUCCUCGUCGAAGCACACCAGUACCGCGGCCACCCUUAACGCCAUCAACAACAACAACAACAACGCGGGCGGCCACGUACUGACGACGCUCGAUCACAAACCGAUCCCACCACCGAUCGAGACGAUUCCGGGCAAGAAGCUACCCGAGAAGCGCCAACGUCCGACGCUUCCGAAGCUGUACUUUAAGAGCAACAUCGGGCUUCACCAGAAGAGCCCAACGCCCGGUACGACCGCCAUCAGUCCGUUGAGCAAUGGAGGAGGACCGGCCAGUGGUGGUGGUGGUGCAGCUCACAUCCAUCAGCAUCAGCAGCUUCCGAUGGCCGCGAUCACACCCAAGGAGAUUGCCGUCGAACCCCAGAGUCCACUGUUUCACAUAAGAUACAAAAGUCUUAGCAGUUUGCAGCUGGCGGCAACAGCGACGGGGCCACAGGAUACGCAGCAUCCAACCACACCGAUCUCACCGAAGGCCGGCAUCGUCGGUAGUGGUGGUCAGGAGAAGAACCAUCUGCUCUCCAAAUCGGCCAGCGCCGCUAUGCACGCCUGCAUCGGCAAUGGCGGUGGUGGUGGUGGUGGUGGUCGAGGUGAAGGUACGCUGGAUUCAUCGCGUAGCGGUGGCCGUACGUCCGGGGAUUCGGGCAAGCUACCGGAGAAGAAGUCCCGCCGGCUUAGCCGGCCCCGCAGUCUCUCCAAUCUGGUGUGGGACCUGCGGCCCCACAAAUCCUCCUCCACGUCGGCCGAGAAAUCGAAGAAGAAGCUCUACCUACAUCAGUUCGAUCGGCAGCAGGGCACGCUCUACCUGUAGAGUGGGAAAAGGGAGGAUCAGAUCCGAUCAGAGAUUUCGUCAGUACUUGUAUACCUUUAGUCAAUCGUCCGGCAUUCGUUGUUUGCAGCCACAACAGGGGAAAUGCUACUGUCUGGAUGCUGCUUUGUUGAUACUAGUAGUAGUCGUAGUCGAUAGUACUGGGUAGUAGUAGCGUUCCACCACCAUGGCGGUUGGUACUGUGAAGAAAGCUGGCGCGGCCAUUCGCGCCACGUGUCCAACAAAUUUUGGGAUACAGAAGCAUUAGGGCGCCUAGGGCGCAAAGAAGAGGAAGAGAGAGAGAGAUAGAGAGAGAGAGAGAGAGAGAGAGAGAGAGAGAGAGAGAGAGAAGAUAUGAUACCGGAAAUUGCAGAACAGAAAGAACAGAAAGCCAGACCUUCUACGAGCAACUCCCAUCUCUUCUCUCCAUCCAUGUGAUCCAUGUUGUGUGUGUGUGUGUGUCUGUGUGCGUGUGUAAGUGUAACAGUAAACAGAUAUAAAUAGACCACUAUACAUACAUAUAGAUAUACAUAGUAGAUACAUAUAUAUAUACAUAUAUACACGCAGCAACAUCUAGAGUCUAAAACAGUGCUAGAGCAACAAACCUUGUUUCCAAACCGCCUGCUGUCACACCGCAUGAGCACCGCAACCACUAAACCAAGCAACCUAGCCAGCCAGCCAGCCAGCCAGCCAGCCAGUCUCCUUUUUCCAUAGAGUGCACUGCGUCCAGCUAGGAUCAAAGAAGGCAUUGGAACAGGAAAACGUCAGUUACGCUGGCAGCGAGGCAAGUUUAACCACGUCCCGAGGGACUCCUUCCCACCCCAGGAAGUUGUGUUUGCCAUUUAGGAUUGAAACCCGUCGUUCGACAGUGUUGGGGAGCGUUUCAAUUGUUUGUUGUUUGCGCAGAAUGAAGAAGCUAGCAAAAGAGAGAUAGUGUGCUCUGCGAAAAAGGCUUUGUAUGGAAGAGGAGGCGAACCCUUUUAGUCACGCAACAGCAGCUGUAGUGUUGUGUUGUGUUUAGUAGUGUUUAGUAUACUAGGUAGUGUGGCAUUAGCGUUAAUUACCCCGUUUUCUCCCACUCCAUCCUGUUUACUCACUCUUCUUCUCUUUCUCUCUCUCUUGCUCACACACUCUUUACACUCACUGAGCAGCGAAGCUGAUAUGAUCGCAACGCCUACUGCGCGCGUGUGUGCUUUACGGCGCAUUUUUAAUCCACCAUUUUUAGUAUAUUCCACUCCUCCCUGUAUCGUAUCGUAGUACACAUUGACACGCGUGAUGGUGGUAGCCAGCGCACCAUUUUCUUUCUCUCUCGUUGAAAAAUCCAAGUUCGUUUGCUGCCUGUGGUACCAGACCCGGGGGAAAUAUGCGCCACCGUUAAAUGGGGUCGGUUCCCUCGUGUCCACUCUCCCCAUCCCGUGGGAAAAGCGGAUGUAAUUUUCAUUUUUCAAUCCCACAAAACCCAAAACGCAGUGGACGGAAUCGAUGGUGAAGGGCAUGAUGAGACGACAAUCGAAACGAUAAGCCCAUCCCAUGGUAACGAUAAUUAGUCACUAAACGAUCUUCCUUUUGUUUUCUAAUAUUUCGUAUUAAUUUUGUGAAACAAAAUAAAAAGGAACAAUUCCCUCACCCGCCCUACCCCCCCCCCAAAAACGACGAACUAACAGAAACAGACAGGUGAUGGUCAAUCGUUGUGCGCACGUGAUGAGGACGGUGCACGCUGAGACCAAUCAUCUCCGAACGAUCGAAACCGCCUUAGAUAAGCAUUGGUUCUGUCACCAUCUCUCUUCGCUGGACUAGAGAUGAUCGAAACAGAAAAAGAAAAAGUUGCAAAAGUUGCGUUUGGCUAGGGUAAUUAACCAAGCGAGAGGUAUAGAGUAACGACGAAGACGAGAACGACGAGAUGAGUGCUGUGCAUUUUGUGACGACAGCGCAUGCCCUGUGCAUGUGCAGUGCGCCCCUGUUUGUGUACGUGCGUAUGUGUGUGUGUGUGAAUAUCGUCAAUCCCCCCUCCUUCCCCCCUAACUCCUUCAUACCGCUCCUCCCACCUUCAAAGGACAACUCCCUUAAACUUAAAGCAAAACCUAGAUUUAUUUCGAUUCCACCAAUCCGGGGGACUCCAUUGCGAUAUCGUGCUCGGUGGAACAUUUUGUGUGUAAAACAACAACCACAACAACACAAAGCAGGAAGCAUGAUGAUGUUUUAGUGAAGUGAUCACGCAAAUAAAGUUGAGGAAAAAAAAUACAUCAAAAAUACAAAGAGCAUUAAAAUGUAUCACGCACGGCCUCACGGCCUUUACUUUAUUGUGACUCGCACAAGCGCACCACCAUCCCAUGUGCGA